CUGGGCGGCUGCUGACGACUACCCCCUGAGCGGUAUAUUUCUGUGGUUUGACGAUUUUGGCACGCCACUACUGUCUUCAAUCUCACUCUUCUUGUACAUUAUCAUUUUCCGCCAUGUCGUCGUCAAUAAAAAACUCGACCGCAUGAAUGACGUUCGGUGGGCGCUACAGACGUUCUGCUUUUGCCUGUUCUCGAUCGGCGUCUCAAUCGAGUGGACAUGGGCCUACGACUGUUUCCCGCCGACAUUCAUCUCUUUGUACGUCCAGAAUGCGUUGUGGCCCCUAUGGAAUGGGGCGAAUGUCGUCUGUUUCUUCGCGUUUCAGAGAGACCCAUGGGAUCGGAAGAAGAGCUUUUCGAUGGUGGUGAAAGCGGCCGCGAAUUUGCAGAGACCGUCACUGGUUAGCCCGUUGUUUUGU